CAAGGGAUUAUCUUGGAGGGACUAAUUUCUAGAGCCUAUUUCCAAGUAUGGCAAGGCAAAACUGUAGACGUUUUCGUCUCUACAGAUAGAAGGAUCUAGGAUGUUGUUACAACAGCAAGGAAGACCCAAACCCAUUAUCAAUUUGUCUUCCAUUUCGUCAAUUUGUUCAUUAUAAGAGGUCUUACGUUUGUCUGUUUCUUGACAUGUGGUGGACGGCGGUUGAAGAUUGGGGCAGAGGUCCCACAUGGCGAAAUCCUUUUGAAUUUUUGGACCAAACUGGUCUGCUGAUCCGAUCCUAUGGCUAUGGACACCAGUAUUUUUUAGAAUUAAAGGCUUCGACUUUCUCUCACUGCUGCCGUCCUCCGUUUUGCCUUUAUUCGGCGGCUACAUAUUUCAAUUCGUGACGGUGACUGUGCUUGCAAGUGACUGACUGAUCAUCAGGCCUGUCAGGGAUUCAUCGGCCUUCUGUCUCUGCAUAAUCUCUCAACAUAUCUUGGCAGGGAAAAAUUUUCUGCUAAAACCAAUAAAUUUACCGCAUUAUGGAUUGGCUAACUGAUGCAUACAACGCCUGGCGGGAUCACAUGUCAGAAGGGCAACAUCGUGGAAAGUAUGGGGAUGACAAUUCUUGGGGCAACCCUUCUACUGCGGGUGCAUAUUCUGAAUUUGAGAAGGAAGAUAUUGACCGUGCUAUUGCACUUUCCCUUUCAGAAGAAGAUCACAAAGGCAAAAAAGUAGUCGAGCAUGAGUCCCAAUUGGAGGAAGAUGAACAACUUGCUAUAGCCCUUCAUGAAAGACUGAAUUUGGAUUCUCCACCACGAUCUUACCGUAGAAAUCUGUCUCCACCUUAUCCAUACUUCUAUGCAGCCGGUUACAGGAUCUGUGCUGGUUGCAAUGCUGAAAUUGGUUUUGGACGAUUUCGGAGUUGCAUGGGUGCUUUUUGGCAUCCUGAAUGUUUUCGUUGUCAUGCUUGCAAUCUACCCAUUACUGAUUAUGAGUUUUAUACAUCUGAGAAUCGCCCUUACCACAGAUCCUGCUACAAGGAAAAGCAUCAUCCAAAAUGUGACAUCUGCAGGAACUUUAUCCCAACAAGUGCCGCUGGUCUCAUUGAGUAUAGAGAACAUCCUUUUUGGCGACAAAAAUUCUGCCCCUUGCAUGAGCAUGAUGGGACUCCUAGGUGCUGUAGCUGUGAAAAAUUGGAGCCAAGGGAUGCAAGAUAUCUGGCCCUUGAUGAUGGUAGAAAGCUAUGUUUGGAGUGUCUAGACUCUGCAAUAAUGGAUACACACGAGUGCCAACCUCUUUACCUUGAAAUACAAGAUUUUUAUGAAGGUUUAAAUAUGAAACUGAUACAGCAAGUUCCUUUACUUUUGGUUGAGAGGCAAGCACUGAAUGAAGCCAUGGAAGGAGAAAAAAAUGGUCAUCAUCACUUACCUGAAACAAGAGGACUUUGCCUAUCGGAAGAACAAACUGUCAGCAUUAUCUCAAGAAGGCCAAGGAUUGGGGGAUUCCGGAUUCUGGACAUGUUUACAGAGCCCUGUAGGCUAAUGCGUCGAUGUGACGUGACUGCUAUCCUCAUAUUAUAUGGUCUCCCCAGGUUGUUGACUGGAUCGAUCCUUGCUCAUGAGAUGAUGCAUGCGUGGCUGCGGCUCAAUGGGUACCCCAACCUAAGUCCUGAAGUUGAAGAAGGCAUCUGCCAAGUGUUGGCUCAUAUGUGGUUGGAUUCUGAGAUAAUGGCUGGUUCUGGUAGUAGUGUUGCUUCCUCAUCUUCGUCGUCAAAGAAGGGUCAGCGUUCUCAGUUUGAGAAGAAACUUGGCAAGUUCUUUAAACACCAGAUAGAGUCAGAUACUUCAGCAGCAUAUGGAGGGGGAUUCAGAGCAGGUAAUGAAGCAGUGCUCAAGUAUGGUCUUAGGAGGACCCUUGAUCAUAUUCAGCUGACUGGAUGCUUUCCAUACUGAAUCUAGUACUAGUAAAAUUCUGAGUCUGAUUGUUGCUUUGAACCUGUCAUAUUAUUAGUUAUAAAGCCCGAAUGAAUGGCACGAAAACAUCAUAAUAUAUGCUCUAAUAGGCAGCAGUGUAUAGUGCCUAGUGCAUAGUGCCUACAUUCUAUGAGGAAGUGAUGGACCUUACACGUACCUUGCCAUUGGACAUUCUAUCUGUUGUUGAGAUAUAUAUCAUAUGCAGAAAAGAAAGACUGAAUGAAAGUGACUUCGUCAUGCA